AUGAUAGUUAUAACGAUGCGUCGUUCCGACCUGUCGUACAGUUUCGCCGAUUUUCGCCGCGCCGUCGUGAAAUCAGUUUGUUUUUUCGUCGUUCUGAUUGGUCCCUGCAGGAUACCGGAGGACACCAUUCUCAACUGGUUCGUGCAGCUCGUGCUCGCGUUAGAGUACCUUCACCAUAAGAACAUUCUCCACCGCGACGUCAAGGCGGAGAACGUGUUUCUUCGCAGCCGUCACGACACGCCGCUGGGUAACGCGGCGACGGUGCAGCUGGGCGAUUUCGGCAUUUCGCGAAUGCUGGAGGCCCACGAGGCGGUCGCGCGAAGCUUCGUGGGCACGCCGCUGUACAUGUCGCCCGAGCUGAUCCGGAACGAACCGUACGACCAUAAGUCAGAUAUAUGGGCGCUGGGUUGCAUCCUGUACGAGAUGAUGUGCUUCACUAAGCCCUUCCCCGCUACAAGCAUACGCGACCUCGUUCUGCGAGUGCUCAAGAGCAACUACCGCCCUCCUCCCCACAUAUACUCCCCCGAGCUCUGCUUCCUGCUCACCAAGAUGCUCUCUAAAGACGCGUCGCGCCGCCCCACCGCGGCCGACAUCCUCGCCUUCCCGUUGCUCCGCCCGCGCGCCGCCGCCUUCCUCGCGGCGUGCCAGCUGGCGGCCCCGUUCGUUAUCCUCCCCCUUCUUUCCCAUGCGUCGUUCGCUCCGUUUCUUACCCGUCCCUUUUUCACCCGCCCUACUCUCCCGCCUUCUCUCCUCUCUCCUUCUCUCGCCCUUCAGAAGAGUUCCCAGAGCAACCGCUCCCGAGCCACGUCAACCGACGGAGUCGUCACCCAAACCAACGCCGCAGCCUCGGGCUGCCCAACCAGCCCGUUUGCCUCGGCGGCGGCUCGGCGGCGCUUCUCCGCGUCGGACACGGAUAACCUCGUGCAGCGCGCCAAUAGCCGCAGCCGGGGGAGCAUGAGCGGGCGCAUGGGGGACGGCGGGGGCGUGGGCGGAAGCGGAAGAAGCGGGGGCGGCGGAAGCAGGCGGGGGUCGCGGGAGCUGUCACUGGCGGAAGAGGAUUUGCGCGCGCUAGAGGAGGGUAUAGAGGAGGGGGGCGGGGACUUAUCGGACGUGGUUCGCGGAGGGGCGACGGGGGAAACGAGUAGUGCGGGAACUGGAGGAAAUUCGUCGCAGGAGAGUAUACCACGGGGAAAGUGCCAGGAGGUUUUCGGAUUCCACUCCCCCGUUGCCCUCCGUCCCUGGGGCGCGGCUUUCCCCCUCGGCGGAGACACGCGCGCUUGUACAUAG